UAAUUCGCUGAACACGUAAACAUAAUUUUGCGAUCUAUCAUGUGGAGGUUAGAUGUAAAAAUUUGAAUUGGAGCAACGAGAUUUCUGCAUCAUAUAAUUUUACGAAGAGUUACGGCGCCAUCUUUGAAAGCGGAUGUCGGCGUUGGUCAGUGGUUGUUGGAAAGUCGGCAGCGGCGACACAGGGAUACAGGAUCGAGAUGGUGACAGGUGGUGGGGGAUGAAAGAAAAAUGGCUGUCUAACGAAAAUCGAGAAAUACAAAAGACGAGCGAGAGUGUGAUGAUCAAUUGUGAGCACGAAUUAUUGUUUUUUUUUACGAAUUAACGAACGCCGAGACGAGCGAAAUGCGCAAUGAAAUGGCGAUGUACGCCUUGAAACCGGUUGUCACUCUUCCGGACACGUUGCAUCACUCGAAAACGAUGUACCAAAUGCGAAAUAUUCACAAGGAACGAUCCAGGGACGACCAUACGGAAGCCGUGGACAAGAUCGUGCCUGAUAUCACAGAGCAGGUUAUCAGCUUUUUGAAGAGUCCAUUACCGGAAUAUAGUUUGUUGGAAGAAAGACAGGAGAAAAUACUGGCUCAGCUUGCGGAUCUCAAGAAACAGGUUUUAAUCCUAUGUAAUUUAUUAAAGCGAACCAAUCAGACUGCAGUGGUUGAUAAAAGCAACGAAAGUCAGGAUGCAGUGGACGUAAACUUUGUCAUAAAUGUGAACCCAAAAAUGGUUCCUUACUCCACAUUAGCUUUACAACGAGUGUGGAUGGACACCGAUAUUAGAGUACAAACUUAUGUUCACUCGAGUAUCAAUGAAGAAGUUCCUCCAUUUGAUCAGUCAGUUUCACAGUUUCCUAGGAAAAAUCUUAUCAAGUUACAAUUGAUCUGGAAAGAUGUUGCAGAUCUUGAACUUGUAACUGGCCUACAUGGUUACACCAUAAACGGUGAAAUCAAUUUUUUAAGAUACAUUAGUAGGCUAAUAAGCUCACAUAAUUAUGAGAACUCCAUGUGCCCAGAAAAUGUAAAUAGAAUUGACUCGAUAUUAGAUUUGUGCCACUCGAUACAUUUUCAAAGUACAUUGAAGAAAAAGCAGGAAUUACUUUCAUUAUUAGUUGAUAAGUUAAAUAAUUUGUCUGAUGAAACGGAGCCUGAUAUAGCAGACAUUGCAGUAUGGAGCACAAUUAAACAAGUCUUUCCGAAAUGUCCGCCAAUACUCGAAAAGUGGUUCGCAACUUGUGAGAAACGUUUUUAUCAAUAAACAUUUUGUACUAUGUAUAUAUUCGAUUCCUUAAUUUCGGAGGUCAGAAGUACAAUAAGGCACUAUCAAUAAAAUUGCAUAAAUUUUAUUAAAAGAUUAACAUGUAUUUGAAAUAUCUCGUACAUGUAUAUUAUGCUUCGAAUGCGCUUUGAUUAAAUAUGCUAUCGGUACAUAGAAAUGUAUGAACUAUUUUCAUUCUUCAACUAAAGUAUUUAUUGGCAGUGUUGUAGAGAUUUUUCGGAAUAAAAAAGUUACUUUGUUAUGA